AUGCAUGUUUUGUCCCAAGCCACACUACAACAAACCAGACAAUCUCUACAAGCUUUACAUCAGCAAGGCCACCGGCGCGUUCAUUUGCCAUCGCUGCGGCACUUGCGGCUCCUGGUUCGAUUUCAAGCGGAAGCUGGGGGAUCUGCAAGAGGACUCGCACUGCUCCCUCUCUCCCUUGCCUGCGUCCGACAGCAAAUCGAAGCAAGUGCACCAGUUCGCCUACAACGAGAUGAAGGAAUACAUCGCCAAUCUCCGCGAGAACCGCUUUCCCCGCGUCUGGGACUCGCUCACAGCGCGCACGCCCACGGGGCGCUGGCUCACCGCGGAGACGCUUCGGAAAUACUGCGUGGGCGCGUGCUCGAAGACCUUCGUGCAGCCCACCGGGGAGAGCCGCGCGGAGGACUGCGUGGUGUUUCCGUGGAUCUCCCUGCAGGGCUCCACGCCGCUGGUGCACCGCUACAAGAUCCGCUCCAUCGACACCAAGGCGCACAUGCGUCUCGAACCCGCGGGGGGCGACUGGGGCUUCUUCGGCUGGCACACGGUCCCCGCGUCCUGCGCGCGGCUCGUGCUCACGGAGGGCGAGUACGACGCGAUGGCGGUGCACCAGGCCACCGGGCUGCCCGCGGUGUCGCUGCCCAACGGGGCCACGUCGCUGCCGCUGCGCCUGCUCCCGCUGCUGGAGCCCGUCAAGGAGAUCGUGCUGUGGAUGGACUUCGACCGCGUCGGCCAGGAGAACGCGCUGCGCUUCGCGCGGAAGCUCGGCCAGGCGCGCGUGCGCGUCGUGCCCCCGCCCGACCCCGCCGACGCGGCCGCGAGCGGCGUGAAGGACGCCUGCGACUGCCUGCGACGCGGCCUGGACCUCGGCGCCUUCGUGGAGCGCGCGCGGUGCGUGCCGCACGAGCAGAUCCUGACGUUCGGCGAGACGUGUUCUACGACCUGGUGCAUCCCCGCGAGCUGCAGGGAAUCCCGUUUCUCUCGCUGCCCUUCCUCAACCGCACGCUGAAGGGCCAUCGCCGCGGCGAGCUGACCAUCCUGACGGGCCCCACGGGCUCCGGCAAGACCACGCUGCUGUCGCAGCUGUCGCUGGACCUGCUGAGGCAGGGCGUCGCCACGCUCUGGGGGUCCUUCGAGAUCGCAAACCGAAGGCUCGCCGCCACCAUGCUUCGCCAGUUCAGCCAAUCGCGGUUAUCGCCGGAGAUGUCGCACCGGGAAUUCGAGGCGGUGGCGACGCAGUUCGAGCAGCUCCCGCUGUAUUAUCUGCGCUUCUUUGGGUCCACGCAGCUCGAGCAGAUCCUCGACGCGAUGGAGUACAGCGUGUAUGCGCACGACGUGCAGCACAUCAUCCUCGAUAACCUCCAAUUCAUGAUGGGAAAUGCUUUCAAGGGAUAUGAGCGGUUCGACGCCCAGGAGCGCGCGCUGUGCGAGUUCCGAAAGUUUGCAACCGCGCAGAACGUCCAUGUCACGCUGGUGAUUCAUCCCCGCAAAGAGCCCGAAGAUCAAGCGCUGAACAUCAGUAGCGUGUUCGGAACCGCAAAAGCGACGCAGGAGGCGGACAAUGUGCUGAUAAUUCAAAACGAGAAUGGGCAGAAGAAAUUGGAGGUGAAGAAAAACCGGUUUGACGGAGAUUUGGGGUGUGUAGGCCUCCGAUUCAAUAAAGAACGGCUGGUAUUCGAAGAACGAAGAAAGGACGAGAAAGCCGAGCCGGAGGAGCGAAAUGGGGCGGAGGAUGAAGAAAAGAGCGUUUCGGAAGAAACGGUGGCCAAAAAGCCAUUAAGUAAAGUGUCAAAGGAAAUGGGGAGAACAGCCCAUGAAAUCAUCAUGGGAUAG